AUCAACCAAACCUUUCCCCAAUCCAUCCCCUUAUCCUAUCUUCUCCAUUUCACCCCCUCAUCCAAAAACCCACACACAAAAUCUCAAAUUUUCAUUUCAUUUCAUCAAUGGCGUCUUCAACUCUUUCAACAAUCACUCUCCGCACUUUCACCUCCUCACCACCACACCAAUCCCCACUCUUUUCCCCAAAACAAACCACCGUCGAUUUCCCCCUCAUCCGUCCAACAACCACCACAAAGCUCUCCACCCGUUUCCGCCCAAUCUCCGCCGUCGCGACCGACGAAACCGUCACUAAACUAGGCGACGACAUCUCCAACCUAACCCUAGCUCAAGCCCAAACGCUAGUGGAAUACCUUCAAGAGAAACUAGGCGUCACCGCCGCUUCCUUCGCUCCCGCCGCUCCUGUUGCCGCUCCUGGUGGUGCGGGCGCUGACGUGGCGGAAGUUGUUGAAGAGAAAACUGAAUUUGAUGUCGUCAUUGAUGACGUCCCUAGCAAUGCUAGGAUUGCCACUAUUAAAGCAGUUAGGGCUUUGACUAGUUUGGCUUUGAAAGAAGCUAAAGAGCUGAUUGAAGGCCUUCCUAAAAAGUUUAAAGAAGGCGUGUCGAAAGACGAAGCCGAAGAGGCUAAAAAACAACUUGAAGAAGCCGGUGCUAAGGUCUCCAUUGUUUAGAAUUUCCGUCUUUUACUUUUUUGUUUAAUUAUAAUAUGGAUGGAUUAAUAUCGAGAAUUCGGAGUUAAAUCACUUUUGCUUUGUUUCAUACUUUUGAUUAAGCCUUAAUGCAAUGCAAUGCAAUGUGAUGUUGUUAUUAUUUAGUUUA